AACGCUUCUAUUCCCUAGCAACGCCAAAACAAUGAAGGGGUGCCUACUUUUUUAUUUUUUACGUGUUCUCUUAAAACAUCAAUGUUUCUAAGUAAGGACGCGUGGGUAUUUUUUAGCUAGCUACAGUACACGAGAAGUCUGAACUUUAUUUAACCGAAACGUUUAAAGUUUUCCGGCAGCGGAACUGGUUAUUUUGUACCACACGGAACAGGUUACGUUGGGGACGGAAACCAAAUCUGUAAACAAACGUAACGUUUGUUAGCUAGCAACAGUUUUAGUUGGAAGACGUAAACACGUGCUAACAACUGUGGACUAAGCUUAGAGAGGAUGUUUAAAAACACGUUUCAAAGCGGAUUCUUGUCCAUUUUAUACAGCAUUGGCAGCAAACCACUUCAGAUAUGGGAUAAAAAGGUGAGGAAUGGACAUAUCAAGAGGAUCACAGACAAUGACAUCCACUCACUGGUGUUGGAAGUUGAGGGGACAAAUGUCAGUACCACAUAUAUAACGUGUCCCGCAGACCCCAAGAAGACAUUGGGCAUCAAGCUUCCUUUUCUCGUUAUGAUCAUCAAAAAUCUUAAGAAGUAUUUCACCUUUGAAGUCCAGGUGUUAGAUGAUAAAAACGUUCGCCGGCGGUUUAGGGCGAGUAACUAUCAAAGCACAACUCGAGUGAAGCCAUUUAUUUGCACCAUGCCUAUGAGGCUGGAUGAUGGCUGGAACCAGAUUCAGUUCAACCUGUCGGACUUCACCAGGAGGGCCUACGGGACCAAUUACAUUGAGACACUGCGUGUACAGAUCCAUGCUAACUGUCGAAUAAGGAGAGUAUAUUUCUCAGACAGACUGUACGCCGAGGAUGAGCUCCCGGCCGAGUUUAAACUCUACCUGCCUGUCCAGAACCAGAAAGCGAAGCAGUAGAGAUGCUCACCCUGCACUGUUCCCCCGGACCUGAUGUGGAGUUUAGCUUUCAGAUUCUCUGAGUGUAGACAUUCAAUGAACUUAAAAACUUUGCAAUAUUGUCAUCUUGAAACUAUUACUUUUGAGUGCUGUUUUAUGUUGCUCUCUGCACAGUACAUUUCUUUUAAUGGACUUCUCUGUCCUCCGUUUUCAAUGCCGACUGAAGGGGUUGAAUCCGUUCUCUAGACACAAUGGUUUCAGUUAAGAAAACAACACAUUGCCCAGUAGCCAUCUUAUGUGCUGGCAACAUACCAGGAAAUUCAGGAUACUCCUCUGUUACCUGCUAAUAAAAAUGAAGGCCCUUGUUUUUUUAAAAUGAAAGAAAAAUAGACGAGUCAAUCAUCAAAUAUAAAUCUUUAUCAAUUGACAGAAAUCAAGUGAAAGGCAAUAAAAAAUGAUUUGCAUUCCCGAAACAUAUUUAACUUUGGAUUUCUGUGUACUGUAUGAACAGAUCAGUCAUACAUUCAUUUUACUACAUGUUUCAUCACACAAUCAUCC